GAAGACGAUUGUUCUUUGUUCUGUUGUUGGUUUCCUUGUCCGUGAAAAUCGGCUAGAUGGCGCCAUUGCUCCAUGCUGCACCACGUAUAUUCAACAACUUGACCCCAGUGACGUCAAGACGGUCUGGCGCAUCAAGGCCACUUUCAAAACCCUAUUGGUCUGAAAAUCACAUGACAAAGCGCCUUGAAUCCAUAAUUAUGUUGCUGAUAUUUUUCGACCCCCCAAAAUAUGUCAGCGUCCUACUGUCCUUAUCCUCUUCGGCAUAAAGGAGAUUGUAUUGAAUCAAAAGAAAAACGAGCCAAGUUGCAAAAUGUCAUGCCCGAACAACGUGGCAGCCAACAACACAUUCCUGAUGGACUCGCUGGUGGGAGGAACAUCUCCGUUCAGAGGUGAGAGCUAUUCAACUAACUCUGGAAUGUAUAUGCAACCGUCUGCAGAAUAUGGUUGCUCCAUGAUGGGUAGUUUUGGUAUUGUUGGUACUCCUCUCUCCAAACGGGAUGACUUGCAGCCGAGUGGGAUGCAUCUCAGCAGUUACCAGCACUCACAUUACCUGUCGCAGCGGGACGCUUGGAUCGCAGGCUCUAAAACUUACAGAGGCUCACAACCUGUUGCCCACCCUUUGCACCCAUGUUCCUUUCCAGCCAGCAAUGUGAAAGAGGAAGCGAUUCCUUGUCUUUACCAGCCUGAUAUCGACAGCGCCAAGGAGUCCGCUGAGAAAUCCACCUACAUCCGUCUGGGAGACAAUAACAGCCACCCGAAUCAAAGCGCCGUCUCCACCUCCGAUUAUUUCCGACGGAGCCAGGUGUACGCCAGUGAAAGGGGCCACCAUGGAAGAGAUGAGUUCGGCUCGGACUUUAACCCAAUUCCCAGAAUAUCCACGCCUGUUGAGGCACUAGCAGCAGAUUCAUAUGUCAAAAGCAGCAAGGCAAGGCAGGACCCAGAAGACAAGGGAGGGAGUACGCAGGAAGACGACAUGGAUCAGAGACAGGCUAGAAAAGAGGAGAGUGUCGCAAAAAUAGACAGUUGUUCUGAUGAUUCCGAAAGCGAAUUGAAAGAUGAGGCUAAAUUGGAAAAAACAACGGGGAACUGGCUAAAAGCGAAAAGUGGACGCAAGAAGAGAUGUCCUUACACAAAGUAUCAGACACUUGAGCUGGAGAAGGAGUUCUUGUUCAACAUGUACUUGACUCGAGAGCGCCGUCUGGAGAUCAGCAAGAGUAUCAACCUCACAGACAGACAGGUCAAGAUCUGGUUCCAAAACAGAAGGAUGAAGCUAAAGAAGCUCAACAGAGAAAGUCGCGUCCGAGAGCUAACAGGCUAUAGCUUCAACUGAGGGCGUAAGAAACAGACAGAAGAAGAAAUCAUAAAAAUGCAUAUUCUCUCGCGUCCCCCACGUUCAGACCCUCUCUAUUUUUUUAUCUCUUUUUUUUCCCCUCUCUCAUUUAUCCCUUUUCAUUCACAGACUCACAUACACACAUAAAAAUAUAAAAUAGCAAAGGCCCAUGACUUUCAUUUCAAAGGAACUGGAA